AUCUGGGAGCCUGAGACUCAACGACCCCGAGAGAAGGCACUACCGCAGCCUUCCCGCGACUCGUCAACCCAUCGUUUCAAACUCCCGACAGGACUACUAUUCUUUCGAACCUUCGAGUUCCAGAAUCCAUCAUGAGCUUGUCGACUCUCCGCUCACCGAUGGACUGGGGGGACUUACUGUAGAGGAUGGAUUUAAUCAUCCCGCAAGGCCCAAAGAAUAGAAGGCCUGGCCCAGACCAAGGAAAGCGAUGGCUCGAAUAAUCGGCUUAAUUCGGUUGGUUACUCGGCUUGUCUCUACAGUAUCUCGAGUCGAGCGACGCCGACCAAGAGGCAUCCGGCUCAGCGACCGCUCGGAUGGAUGCGGGCCUCUCGGCCCAAUAAGGAAGGCCCACGAAGACGACUUAAGCUAGGUCAAGAACGACACAUCAGAGGACUAUAUAAGGGGAAGGAAGAGAAACGAGAAGGGGAUCCGAAAUCAUCUGACUAACACUUGGCGGCUAGAUUAGGGUUUUCACCUUUGCUUCAUCUUGCCGUUAUUUGUACUUUUCCGGUAGCUCUUCGAGUUGCCGGCUUCUCUUCUGUCGCAUUCUCUUUACUUCUCUUGUAACCGAUUGAACGUCUCCUCCGACCAUAAUAAAACGUCUUCGUUAAACCCACAUCCUUUUAUUACCGUUUUCCGAUCAAACAGUUAGAACUCUUACUGCUUCAAUUCGAUCGUUGCUAGAAAGUUGAAACCACGACAUCGGAGGCGUGAAAAAGUUUUAAGUCACACCGAAUCAAUCAAGUGGGAGGGACACGUUCUUCAACCUAUUAAUCAAACCCCACUCUUCUCGGUCACGAAAGUCUUGGAAGCUUUGCCUGAUUUCGAGCGACGAUGGACAGAUCGGCGUCGGUGGGUAUCAAGGACGGCGGAUUUGGUGGCAACCACUUGUAUUCUCCAUCAUUUUCUUCUUCAUCUUCCAUGAGACAUGUCAAUUACAGUUGUGGAUCUUGUGGGUACGAGCUGAACUUGAGCUCCACCAAUCGAAUUACAUCAUCAAUUGGAUCGAAGUAUGGGAAAUCCAUGAAGACUGGAAUCAUAUCCUUCUUCAACAUUGACGAGGGGAGAUUCAGCCAGGUUGAUGAGUUCCAAUGCAUGCCUCACUUCUCCAGAUACUCUUGGGGUUUGUUCAGACGCAAGACUAAGCUUCUCUGUCGCCAAUGUAAUAACUACAUAGGCAAUGCUUCUUAUGACAAGGCCCCUCCUGAGUACGCACUCGUAACACAAAACUCAUCGCCCAGGAAGGGUGUCACUGACACUGUUACCAAGUAUGAUAUCAGAAUUCGUGCGCUUCAACCUUCUUCCGGUGUUGCUUCUCUGUGACUGAGUGUGUUUCUUCUACAACUGUAUAUUGUAGAAAAUUCUUCAAAGUAUCAGUACUGUUUUCAUAAGGUGGGUUCGGCUUUUUCUUUCUUUCUCAAAUUGUACAGUAAUUUAACAAUUUGCCUUUUUUUUUUUUUUGUUUCUGAGAAUAUUGAGGUUAAAUAUGAAUUUCACUUGCUCAUGUUCAUCAUGUAUGUAUACCAAAAUCUUAGAACAUCAUUUUGUAAUAACAUCACUUCAUUACAUCA